AUUCGUGUUUUUUCAUUACAAAAACAAGGAAGUCAAAAAAUGUUUUAAGCUGCGUGCACAGUUCUCUUCCCCCCUAUUUCCCUAAUUUACAUAUUAAAUUAGGGUGCAGAUUCGGCCAAGUCCUAAAAUAGUAGAUUCAGUGCAUCCCUACUAUUAAGGUCUGUUCUUACAAACAUUUCAUCUAAAGUAGCAAUAAAGUGGAACCAAGGCUGUGUUUUAUAUGCUGAGGUUACUGGACCAACCUAGAGGUUCAGCAGUCCUAUAAUAGUAUUGGUCAGGGCCUUCAAAGUUGUCAACAGCAAUUCCCCAGGUUGAUCUUGUUAGGCCAGUGGCACUGCACAUGCUCAGUGCGCUGCCAAUCUUGACCUGAAUGUAUUACUAAUCAAAAUGUAUAUUGUGAGUGGGUCCCUAAGCUCAGGUACAUGGCAGCAGCACAGAGCAUGUGCAGUGAAUCGGGAGAAAAGAAGAUGGGGAACUACUGGGGCAUCUUUAGAGGCACAGAUCUUCCCUGCUGAAGGACGGUGAUGGCCGUGGGCUGGUACAGAAACCCGUGCUUUAUACAUGUCUAGACCAAAUUUUUGCUUUAUUUAUAUUUUAAAGGGAGAAGGGCAUUACAAAAAAAAGGGGAUAACCUGACCUGUAUUGUAAAGGGUUAGUGCUCCCCAAAUAUAUAUGAGAAGUUUGCAAGUGCCUUAUGAUGUCCUGUUAGUCUGUGCUCUGAGGGAGGGAUUUUUUUUAGUAAAGAGAUACUGAGAAGAGGCCAGGACCAUCAGAGUUUCAGACCGUAAGCCAAUAAAUGUAAAUUGCUGUACAACUGACAUUACCUUUAUGAUUUUUUAAUCCAGACAAUCGUACUUUAAAGAGAUGUGCUUAAUGUCCAAGGGUCACGUGAUUGACCCCAUACCCAUCCUAUCUGCUCACUGUGGGUAGCCAUUGCUGAAUCCUUACUAUUGUACAUUUUUGGAGACUAUAUUAUUCUAAAACAGCCAUGAAAGAGCUCUAUGAAGAUGUUGGGGACCAUAAAAAUCUCUUAGGAGGGCCACAUCCUACCCAUGGGCCUUGGGGUUAGACAGAGAAACUAGAGAAGGAGGAGAUCUGUCUUCUACUACAUCUGCUACAGCAUUGGCCUGAAUUCACACAAUGUCUUAUACAGUUUUGUACUUGGCUACAUCUCCUUGCUUUUCAUUCCAUCAGAGUGCGGGGGCAUUGUUGGGAUAAUAGAGCUCCCCAGCCAACCGUUCCUUAUCGGCAGUCACAUCUGGUUAUGUGUUCACAGCAUCCAAUUUGUGACCUUCAGAAGGAUUAAGGUUUUGAGGAUUUCUCUGCAUAAUCACUAAAAAAAAAACCCAGUCAGUGCAACUGAAUUUCAUAAACUGUGUGGGGGAGGAAGAAAUUGUUUUCAUAAAGAUAUUGAUGGAGUCUUGCCAUGCACAUACAUUGACAGUGGCACUUAAGUCUGUUGCAUGCCUGUAGGCUGUGCUCCCCAACCUGUCCAACUGGCUUCCUAAGUGGGGCUCAGACUAACGGCAAUUUAGGGGAGAUUUGGGUAGAAUGCCAAUAUUGUGGGGGGGGGGGCUUCCUCGAUAUUCCUCGAAGUAUGUCUGAAUGUCAGAUCCAGUGAUGUUCUCAUAUGUCUGUAGCCUUGUAAGUAGUUAUAUUGGGACUAUAACCAUAUAUGUUGGACCUCACUAUCGGAUCGAUUGACCUCAGAGAUGGCCAUUGAGAAAGAGAAGACAUCUUUGCCCCUAAUGUUAUAGUUUCCAAUGCCAUGGCUUUUAUUUACCAAACCUUGCUUGUUUUUCUGGUCCAGUCUAUCAAGGGUACCAUUAGGGUUGUUGGUAACUAUCUACCUCUUGCACUUUGGGGUGGGGUAAAUAUCCUUUGUUCUUAUGAUAAUGCCUGCUGCUGUGGUGCUAAAGUCAUUGGCAACUGUGCAUGUGCAAGGUCUGCUAGACUCAACACGUGAGUAAGUAGGGGUGAGUGCUGCCCUAUGGGUAUGUUGGAAGUACAUUUACAGAAAUGCUUUGGCUUUAGCUGCUUCACACAUAGGCACUGGCUCACCUACCACAAUCCAUUCCAACUCUAGGCUCUGCAUUGACACAAGGGGUGGUAGACCUGUUUUGGAAAGCACCGAACCCGAGCUGUGGCUUUACAUGCCUGUGGUUAAGCAGCUGCUUCACACAUAGGCACUGGCUCACCUACCACAAUCCAUUCCAACUCUAGGCUCUGCAUUGACACAAGGGGUGGUAGACCUGUUUUGGAAAGCACCGAACCCGAGCUGUGGCUUUACAUGCCUGUGGUUAAGCAGCUGCUUCACACAUAGGCACUGGCUCACCUACCACAAUCCAUUCCAACUCUAGGCUCUGCAUUGACACAAGGGGUGGUAGACCUGUUUUGGAAAGCACCGAACCCGAGCUGUGGCUUUACAUGCCUGUGGUUAAGCAGCCUUACCAUUUUAAUCCCUUGUUUCUACAAGCUACCGUAUGAUCCACUGGCAGGUACUCGAGAUCCUAAUUAAAGAACAAACUGCAAGUUAUACAUUAGUGUGUCUAAAAUAGUUGUGUAAUUGGAAGCCCCCUGGAAUUCUAACAUGCUCCGUUGUCUGGCCGAUCCUGACCACAAGGUACCUUGCAAUUAUCUGAACUGGAGGUCUCGCUGGGCAAAGGGCGUUCCCCUCCCUAAAUAGAAGAACCUCUGAGGCUCAGGGUGUCUCUAUGGGUUUUGUGGGAUUAUUCAUUUAUUCUUGUGUCUAAAUAGAAGCUGCAAUUGAGAAGGAUUCCAGGAUCGAGAUGGUUUGCCAUGCUCUGUUUUUUUAAUUAAAACCCUGCUCCUAAAUGCUCCUAUCAUGGUUUCCUUUCAGUGUGUGUAUUCAGAUGGUGUUUAUAUAUUACCCAACUUAAUGAACUCAUGUAAAAAGAUGGGGGGGUAUAUUUCCCCUUUAAUUAUCUAAAUCCGUUCCCUGAUUACUGGACCUAGGCUUGCAAUAUUAAUAUGUGCCAGUAAAGGAUCUAUCACUGUUUUUCCAUUUCUUCCUGCUUAUAUCCAAGGCUUUCAUUUUGCAGUAACAAAUUCUCACUUCCUCAUGGCUCGAUAAUAUUUGCAGGUUUCUAUUUCCUCCAUGUUUGCACUUUCUUGGUUUGGUUGUUCUAAAAAUGCAAAUAUUGAAUUAUUUUGAGCAGUAUCCCUGUUUUUUUUUUGGGCCAUGAAAUGAGUGGAAAGAACAGCCUCUCGCAAUUGACUUUAUUCUCUUUACAAGUCCAGCCAAGGCGUAUGGGUUUGUGCUCAAUAUGGCUGAUGCAAGCUCAUUGAGUUCCCUCCUUGAUUUAUGAACCGUUUGCUGAUCGAUCUGGAUUUUCUAGAUAUAUGAUGACUGGAGACUGCGUGGAAUUCUGGGACUCAAACGAACGUGAAAAUUCCAGGGCUUAAAAGGGUCUCUCACGAGACUAAUUGUAAAUAGGGUGAACACAAGCUGUUUAUAACAAUUAUAAUAAUGCAACUACAUGUGUGUGCCCAAAAUAUUUACACAUUCACAAAAGUCACAUUAUUGCUGAGGUGUAUUAAGAAAUUAAGUAUCUGUGCCUGAGGUCACAACUGUCAUUGGUACAACAAACUGUGAAAAUCCUAUUUAAUAUGAGCCAGAUUCCAUGAACAACAUCAGCCAUGUAAUUACACCUUCCAGUGUUAAUUAUUUGUUUCAUAACUGUUGUCUUCAGAGAUAAGAUAAUGGAUGUUCUAGCCAUAUAGUACCUGAAAGCUGUGAUUGUUACAAGCUCAAUGAUAUGGUAGUAAGAACAAUCGUUCUCAAACCUUGGGAUCUAUAAGAUUACAGUUCCUCAAGAGAUUCUGCAGCAGUACUCAAGGGAAAACUUGGGCUUGACUUUGAAGGUACUGGUGGGUAUCUCUUGAUGUUCCUCAACAUCCAGAUGUGUGGAAGACAAUGUAGGCGUGUGGUGUGGAAAAAUGUAUGUAUAUAUUUUGAGAAUGGAUUUAAUCCUUACUAAUGCUCACUAGAUGCAAUGCUCCCUGCAGGAUAAGACAAUAUCUAAUCUAUCAAUAGAUACCAACGUUACAGAUGAAAAGUGUCAGGCUUCAGAAGCAAGUUGAUACGAGAAGAGAACGGAGCCAGAAAUGAUGCCGAGGCUGUGAGCACUGAGUCAGCAGGAUUGUCUGCCAUUGACAGAAGGUUAAGGAGGUUUUGAUGCUUAAACAUAAAUUAUUGAAUAUCUCCGAGAGAGCAGCAGAACCUCUGGAAAACGGAGGAAGGGAGUUGGUGCACAAGAGAUACAAAUGGAUCAAUUACAAAAGAUUUAAAGGAUGGCCUCCUCCCUCAAGUACCUCCUGAUAUUUGACUUUGAUGAGACGAUCGUCAACGAGAACAGUGAUGAUUGUGUGGUUCAGGCUGCUCCGAACCAGGAACUUCCCGACUGGCUGGCCAGUACUAUCCAGGAUGGUUUCUAUUACCAGUAUAUGCAGAAGAUGUUAAAGUACCUGGGGGAUAAAGGGGUGAAGUUGGCGGAACUUAGAUCUGUUUAUGAACAAAUCCCACUGUCCCCUGGAAUGCCCAAUCUCUUCCGAUUCCUUAUGAAUAAACAAGAUCGAUUUGAGAUAGUACUUAUUUCUGAUGCCAACGUGUUUGGAAUCGAGAGUUCCUUGAAGGCUCAUGGGUUUCAUUCUCUUUUCCGUAAAAUCAUUAGCAACCAUACUAAAGUGGAAAAAAAUGGAUACCUCUCUCUAGAGCCCUAUCACGCACACACGUGCCCUAACUGCCCAGCCAGCAUGUGUAAGAGGAAGAUCGUCACAGAGUACCUGGCAGAGAGAUCGAAAGAUGGCGUGACCUUUGAGAAGGUGAUGUAUGUUGGCGAUGGAGCCAAUGACUUCUGCCCAUCCGUUUUGCUAACUGCCACAGACGUUGCUUUUUCUCGGAAGAAUUACCCCAUGCACCAGCUAAUCCAAAAGGAACAGCAGAAAGGAACCUUCCAAGCAAAGGUAGUUCCCUGGGAUUCUGCUGAUCUAGUUAGGGAUUAUCUUCAAGAGCUUCUCAACAAGUCCUAGGAAC